UGCAGAACUAACUCUACCUUGUAUAAAUUCAACUCGCACAUGUUUAGUUUGUUUACUAAAUACUAAUUAGUGUGGAUUUGUGUUAAAAUGUGUGGGAUAUUUUGUUGCGUUUCAAAUCCAUUAGAUGUACAUUCUUGUCUAAAAAACUCAAAUCUAAUGCAAAGACUUGAAAACCGAGGUCCAAAUGCUACACAAUUUAAAGAAUGUGGUAAUGCAUUAUUUGGAGGAUUUGUUUUGUGGCAUCAAGGGACUGAAAUUUGCGUACAACCUUUAGAAUCCGAUUCUCAUCUCCUUCUUUUUAACGGGGAUAUAUUUAAUAUAAAUAAUUGUGAAUUACGAAAUAUGUCAGAUUCACAAUGGAUUUUUGGAAAACUGUCGAAUGCAAAAGAUGAAUAUGAACUUAUUAGUUAUUUUAAAACCAUUGAAGGGCCAUACAGUAUUAUAUUUUAUGAUAAAGCUAAUAAAACGAUUUACUUUGCACGAGAUUCCCUUGGACGAAAUUCUCUUCUUAUUGAAAAAAAUUGUGAACAUUUUCGUUUACUCAGCACAUCUUCUAACACUAACAUGGAAAAUAACACCAUGGAACUUCCACCGCUGGGAAUUUACAAAAUAAAUAUUGAAGAUCUUAAAAACUGCUAUCUGUUUCCUUGGCGAAUUCCAGAUGAGGACUGGCACGCUCAAAUAGAAAGAUUAGAAAAAUCCUGUGAUAUAGAAAUCAAAAUUAGAAAUCAUAUUGAAUGUCCGUGGUCAUCUAAUGAAUUAAAGGAUAAUAAGUAUAAUUUUAACUUAUAUGAUCUGGCGAGCAGUACAACAUUUUCAACAACGUCGGAACUGUAUGACUUUUAUUUAAAAAAUAAUGAUGUGUUUAAUGCAAUACAUCAGUUCUCGGUACUUAUAGAGGAAUCCGUAAAAAAACGAGUACAAUAUACCACACCAUGUUGUGCCUCAUGUUUAGGAAAGAUAAACUCAUGUACUCAUUCAAAGGUAGCAAUUUUAUUUUCUGGUGGCAUUGAUUGUUCCAUUUUAGCGGUGUUGUGUGACAAAUUUAUUCCUAAAACAGAUUCAAUUGAUUUGGUUAAUGUGGCAUUCGAAAGUACGAGAACAGAUAGUAAUUGGGACGUCCCAGAUAGAAUUUCUGGGAAAUCAUCGUUUAAGAAUUUAAUAGAUAUAUGUCCCGAUAGGAAAUGGAACUUUAUCGAAGUAAAUGUCAGCAAGAAGGAGAUACAUCAGUGUUUAAGUGAUCAUAUAAAACAUCUUAUUUAUCCACUCAAUACAGUACUCGACGAAUCAAUUGGUUGUGCAUUCUGGUUUGCAUCACGGGCUAUAGGUUUAAAAGGUGAUAGUAACUGGAAAUCAUCCGCUCGAGUUGUAAUAUUAGGAAGUGGCGCUGAUGAGUUAUUUGGUGGUUAUGUACGACAUAAAAAUGCUUACAUUCGUCAUAAUGGGACAGAAGAGGAAAAGCAAUUGAAUCUUCUCAGUGAAUUAGAAAAAGAUUGGAAUAGAAUUCCGUCACGUAAUUUGGCAAGAGAUGAUCGUGUAAUAUCUGAUAAUGGAAAAACGCCAAGAGCACCUUUUAUUGAAGAACAUGUUGUAAAUUUUGUACGUUCUUUAAGUCCAAACCAAAGAUGUUGCUUUUUGUUGGAGGAUGGAAUUGGCGAUAAAUUAUUUUUAAGACUAUAUGGGUAUUAUAUUGGCUUAAAAAGUUCUGCAUUUUUGAAAAAGAGAGCAAUACAAUUUGGUUCCAGGAUUGCAAAUAAAAAACAAAAUGCUGCAGAUCGCUCAAGUUAUAUGUGAUUCGUCAUCCAAAUUGUUGAACAUGAUAUUGUUAUAGUAUGGUUUACUAUAUAAUAAAAAAUAGACAAAUACUAAGGGUUUUCAUAUAAACGUUCAAAAGUCUCGCAAAAUUUGAAUUUGUCACAAAUUGUAUUGGAUUUUACUUUCACAACAUGGAUACAGUUGAUCGCCUAAUUGAACUUACAAGUUUAAACCAAAUUCUUCUAAAUAAGACAAAUAGCCAUUUUUUCAUAAUACCCUUAUUACUUUUUUAUACUUUAAAUAUGAUGUAAAUGAAAAUAAUAAAGUUGCUGAAUAUUUUUGAAAUUUAUUCAAAAAGCUA